CCAUUGAUUUAACGGUGAAAAAAAAAACCGGACAAAAAAGAAGAAGAAGAAGAAGAGCGGCCAUUGAAAUUUUCUUCGUCAAGCUGCUUUUCUCCUCUGGUUAAAAUCCCAGGUACAGGGAGAAGAGCGUGAAAUUUACUUAUUUUUUCUAUUCAUAUUAUUAUUAAAAAAAUUUCGCCAACACUCAAAAGUGAAAGAAUUCGAGCUUUCCGAGGAGAAGGAAUCGAUGGAUUUAGAUCAAUGGAUAUCAAAGGUUAAAGAAGGGCAGCAUCUCUUGGAAGACGAGCUCCAGCUUCUUUGUGAAUACGUAAAAGAAAUCCUCAUAGAGGAGUCGAAUGUGCAACCUAUCAACAGUCCAGUUACUGUUUGCGGUGAUAUCCAUGGCCAGUUUCAUGAUCUAAUGAAACUUUUUCGGACUGGAGGUCAUGUACCAGAGACAAAUUACAUUUUUAUGGGAGAUUUUGUUGAUCGAGGUUAUAAUAGUCUUGAAGUUUUCACUAUUCUUUUGCUUCUUAAGGCAAGAUACCCAGCGAAUAUCACUCUCUUGCGUGGGAAUCAUGAAAGCAGACAGCUUACUCAGGUUUAUGGUUUCUAUGAUGAAUGCCAAAGGAAGUAUGGAAAUGCUAAUGCAUGGCGGUAUUGUACAGAUGUUUUUGACUAUCUUACACUUUCAGCAAUUAUAGAUGGGACUGUACUUUGUGUACAUGGUGGCCUUUCUCCUGAUGUUAGAACUAUUGAUCAGAUUAGGGUAAUUGACCGGAACUGUGAAAUCCCUCAUGAAGGUCCAUUCUGUGAUCUCAUGUGGAGUGAUCCAGAAGAUAUUGAAACAUGGGCGGUCAGUCCACGUGGAGCCGGUUGGCUAUUUGGGUCCAGGGUCACAUCCGAGUUCAACCACAUAAACAAUCUUGAUCUUGUCUGUCGAGCUCACCAACUCGUGCAAGAAGGUCUUAAGUAUAUGUUUCAAGAUAAAGGCCUAGUAACUGUGUGGUCCGCACCGAAUUAUUGCUACCGUUGUGGGAACGUAGCUUCUAUAUUGAGCUUCAACGAGAAUAUGGAGAGAGAAGUGAAGUUCUUCACUGAAACAGAAGAAAAUAACCAGAUGAGAGGGCCGAGGUCUGGAGUCCCAUAUUUCUUGUAGAGCUACAUACUGCAGUACUUGUAAAAUUAUCCCUAACAUCAGGUUGCCAAAGGGAGGUGUCACAAGAAAGCCUCAAUACGAUGUUUGACAUGGCUGACAUGUAAAUUUCUGUCUAAUCCUUGUCUGACAUGGCUGCAACAUGGCUUUGUCUUUAAAUCUUUGCCUUUGUCCCCGUACAAUCGAUAUUAAUGUAUGCUAAUCGAUGUUUAGUUACUAACUUAAGAGUCUGUUUUUGAAUUCUUGAGGUGUAUUUGUUUCAUUAUGUAUACUGCAUUUGAUCUAGUUCUAAAAUAUCAUCAUUUGUUUUC